GCGUCCAUAGCCAAGCGAAACAAACUAGACUUGACAGGUAGUUGAGGUCCGGUCCGAGAUCACUUCGCGUUAGAGAGACGACGAUUGACGGAGGUUUAGGGAGAGAGAAAGAAGCGAUGAUUGCAGACGGAGCGGAAGACGAGGAGAAGUGGCUGGCGGCGGGGAUCGCCGGCCUCCAGCAGAACGCCUUCUACAUGCAUCGAGCCUUGGAUUCGAACAAUUUGAGGGACGCUUUGAAGUACUCCGCGCAGAUGCUUUCUGAGCUUAGGACUUCGAAGCUGUCUCCUCACAAGUACUAUGAACUAUAUAUGCGUGCAUUUGAUGAAUUGAGAAAGUUGGAGAUGUUCUUCGGGGAAGAGACUCGGCGUGGUUGCUCGGUUGUUGAACUUUACGAGCUUGUGCAGCACGCGGGAAACAUAUUACCAAGAUUGUAUCUCCUCUGUACUGUUGGGUCUGUGUACAUCAAACUUAACGAAGCUCCUUCUAAGGAUGUCCUCAAAGAUCUUGUUGAAAUGUGCCGUGGAAUUCAGCAUCCUCUUCGCGGGCUCUUCUUAAGGAGUUACCUUUCUCAAGUCAGUAGGGAUAAACUACCUGAUAUUGGUUCUGAAUAUGAAGGGGACGCGGACACUCUCACGGAUGCAGUGGAGUUUGUACUCCAAAACUUCACUGAGAUGAACAAAUUAUGGGUGCGCAUGCAACAUCAGGGAUCUGCCCGCGAAAAGGAGAAACGGGAGAAAGAGAGGAACGAGCUGCGAGAUCUUGUUGGCAAGAACCUGCACGUUCUAAGUCAGUUAGAUGGUGUUGACCUUGAUAUGUACCGGGAUAUUGUACUCCCCAGGAUCCUGGAGCAGGUUGUUAAUUGUAAAGAUGAACUUGCUCAAUACUAUUUGAUGGAUUGCAUAAUUCAAGUUUUUCCUGACGAAUAUCAUUUGCAAACUCUGGAAACAUUGUUGGGUGCUUGCCCUCAACUUCAACCAUCUGUUGAUAUCAAGACUGUGCUAUCUCGCCUAAUGGAAAGGCUUUCAGGCUAUGCCGCUUCAAGUCCAGGAGUGUUGCCUGAGUUCUUGCAAGUGGAAGCUUUUUCGAAAUUGAACAAUUCCAUAGGGAAGGUGAUAGAGGCACAGGUUGACAUGCCGAUUCUUGGAGCUGUAACUUUAUAUUCAUCUCUUCUUAAAUUUACUCUUCAUGUUCACCCUGAUCGACUUGACUAUGCAGAUCAAGUGCUGGGAGAAUGUGUUAAAAAACUCUCGAGCAAAGGGAAGAUCGAUGACAGCAAAGCAACGAAACAGAUUGUUGCACUUUUGAGUGCACCUUUAGAGAAAUAUAAUGAUAUUGUCACUGCACUAAAGCUUUCGAAUUAUCCUCGAGUCAUGGAGUAUCUUGACAGUGAAACUAAUAAAGUAAUGGCAACUGUUAUAAUCCAAAGCAUUAUGAAAAACAAUACUCAUAUCUCUUCUGCUGAAAAGGUUGAGGCAUUGUUUGAAUUGAUAAAAGGCCUUAUCAACGAUUUGGAUGGGUCUCCUUAUGAAGAGGUUGAUGAAGAUGACUUCAUAGAGGAGCAGAAUUCUGUUGCAUGUCUUAUUCAGAUGCUGCACAAUGACGUACCUGAAGAGAUGUUCAAGAUCAUAUCUACAGUGUGGCAGCACAUUGUGACUGGAGGUGUAAAGCGUCUACCUUUUACUGUUCCUGCCCUUGUUUUUUCUUCUCUGAAGUUGGUUAGACAACUGCAGAGCCAAGAAGAAAAUCCUUUUGCAGAUGAUACAUCAAUCAACCCGAAGAAAAUUUUUCAACUUUUGAAUCAGAUUAUUGAGGCUUUGUCAACUGUCUCAGCUCCAGAAUUGGCAUUGCGGUUGUACUUGCAGUGCGCAGAGGCUGCAAAUGACGCUGACCUUGAGCCAGUAGCAUAUGAAUUUUUCACCCAAGCAUAUAUUUUGUAUGAAGAAGAAAUUUCGGAUUCCAAAGCACAGGUUACUGCACUACAUUUAAUUAUAGGAACUCUCCAGAGGAUGCAUGUCUUUGGUGUUGAGAACAGGGAUACUUUAACACACAAGGCCACAGGGUAUUCUGCAAAGCUUUUAAAGAAGCCUGAUCAGUGCAGAGCUGUUUAUGCAUGCUCACAUCUCUUCUGGGUUGACGAUCAGGAUAACUUAAAAGAUGGAGAGAGGGUCCUAAUAUGCCUAAAGCGUGCUUUAAGAAUUGCAAAUGCUGCUCAGCAAAUGUCCAAUGCCACGCGAGGUAGUACUGGCUCAGUCACGCUCUUUGUCGAGAUUUUGAACAAGUACCUUUACUUCUUUGAGAAGGGGAACCCGCAGAUAACUGUUGCUGCAAUCCAGAGCCUAAUUGAAUUGAUCACUACAGAGAUGCAAAGUGAUUCAACCACCCCUGAUCCAGCUGCCGAGGCUUUAUUUGCCAGCACUCUGCGAUAUGUCCAGUUUCAGAAACAAAAAGGUGGUGCUAUUGCUGAAAAAUAUGAGCCGGUCAAGGCUUGACUUAUUAGACGAUUGAAUGCAUCUGAGGUUUAUCUAUAUUAGGGUGUUGUGGGCAAGUUUUGUACUUUUUGUGGUGCAUUUGUGCAUAAAUGAUUGUGGUCUUUGGUUCCUUGUUUAAUUAUGGGAAUCAUGUGAUUGUGCUUUAUUCCUCAAUUAAUUGUCAAGUUGUUCAGUUGGUUUGGUCCCAAAAUUACCAAAUCAAAAUACCACAUCGUCUGAGAUGUUUUGAUUGUUAAUAAUUUAGUCAAAGAAAUUGAUAUUGA